AGCAAAAACGAGCAACAGUCACAGGUCGAAGGUUAAAGUUGACCUAGUUUCAGUUGCUCGCCAUACGUUAACCGAAAAUGGCUAAACACCAUCCAGAUUUGAUCUUUUGCAGGAAACAAGCUGGCGUCGCCAUUGGAAGACUGUGCGAGAAAUGUGAUGGAAAGUGUGUCAUCUGUGAUUCUUAUGUGAGACCAUGCACACUGGUGAGGAUCUGUGAUGAGUGCAACUAUGGCUCUUAUCAGGGUCGUUGUGUCAUCUGUGGAGGUCCAGGAGUAUCUGAUGCCUACUACUGCAAAGAGUGUACCAUCCAGGAGAAAGAUCGAGAUGGUUGUCCCAAGAUUGUGAAUUUGGGCAGCUCCAAAACCGAUCUGUUUUAUGAAAGGAAGAAGUAUGGCUUUAAGAAGAGGUGAAGACACUGGCGUUGUCCUUGUUUUAGUGUUUAGUUUUUGUAGAUUGGAACUUCAGGAAAAUGUUUUUCUUUAAUAAACUCUUUUCUACAUCC